AUGACACUGCAUGUUGCAAACUGGCGUCUUCACAACUUUGACAUAGAAGUAUUCUCAGCUGACCCAGUUGUUGACCCUGGAGCAAACGGUCAGCUGUGCUUUUCCUUCUUUGGGCAAUUUGGGGAUUCACUUACAGAGACCCUUAGAUGCAUGUAUCCGGUUGAGGGGCGAUAUGUCCGGAUAAAGAAGAGGCAACAUCUGAAUAGUGAGGACAGGCUGACCUUGUGUGAAGUGGCAGUCCACCCAAAGCUAUAUGAAAGCAACUGCAGUUUCAGUCAGAGGUACCCUUCCACCUUUGUGCCCUACACGGACAAGUACCUCACGACCAGACCCAGGCAUGAAACCAUCGGAAGCUUGAAGACCUGCAUGAUUGAAUGUACAACUAUGUGGGCAUGUGAUGGCUUCAACUUCAAUAUCCUGGACAGCAGCAGUGGAAAUGGAACCUGUGAGUUUGUGUCUGUGUCACUGGCAGAUCUUUACUCUAAAUCUGGAUGGACAUAUUACAAGGCCAUUUGUUCUUAAACUCCAGCACAACUCGUGUAGGAUGUAUGAGGAAGGCUGCUCUUGCAUAUUAACAUGUCCCUUUG